GUAUACAGAGAUACGAGGUGUGCAUCGAUUGUCCUUACCUCCCUCCCUCGUACGUCAUCUUUCGUCACUUCCGAUCGCGAGCUAAUGCACCUAGAAGUAUAUAAUCUACCGGAUAUCUCGAUUCGCCGACAGUUGAUACGCGUAUUGUAGACGACGACGAUUUACCAGUUCAACGUAAAGAUUCGCAUUCGCGGUCACCGCCGUAUUUCGGUACUCGCAAACAUGUCUCGAAGCGGUUUGGUUUCGGUUUCUUGUGUUGUGGUUAUCGCGUUUUUCGCCAAAAUCGACUGUGCGACGAUCGCACGUACAGAAGUUCAAAAUAAACCCAAAGAUCUAACCGCAGCUGCCAAUGUGAUCGAGCUAGAUCAGCUGGAUCCGAGAAAUCAGGCUGUUUACAGUAGUUACAGUAUUGUCGAGACAUCCGGCGGAAAUACCGGACCGAAUCGAGUCAAGUACACGAAAAAUGAAUACGAACCUGCCGGACAAAACAGCGAACAUAAGCCAGUCAGUGGCCACGGUGGGCGCCCGGAUCGUCGAAAGAAAUUCCAAUUCAACGACGACGACGAUGAUAGUUCCAGUUUCAGCAGCAGGAGCAGCAGCAGCCCAAAGAGCAGUGAUUACAAAUCUUCAUCUUCCGAGCAAGUGAGUCGACCAUCUAAAAGUAAAUCAUCUUCUCGUAAGUCUUCCUCCGGUAGUAAAUCCUCUCCUAAAAGUAUCAACGAAAUAGUCGAAGGAAGCCCACCUCUUCAAGAGGCCGGUUCUAGCAAAAAAUCCACCCUCAGUGGCGGUGAUUUGAGCAAAGAAGGAUCUUUCUUAAGUGGCAGUAUAGGUGACGGAUUCGAAGAAGGGUACGAUAAAGAAAAACAUUACGACAAAGAAGGUGGCAAAAAAUAUGUCGAAGCCCACAAAGCCGAAGCAGGCGAAAAAGCCCAACAAGGAUAUAAAAAGGAAGAAGGAUUUGACAAAGCUGAAGACGCCAAACAUGGUAAAGAAGAGAAGAAAGCAAUUGUCAGCGAAAAAGAAGGUGAAAAGAAAGGCCAUCUGGAGCAGGAAAAAGAAGAAAUCAAAGAAUACAAAGGCGCCGAUGGCGAAAAAGGUAUAUCAGUUACCAAAAAAGGAGGCCACAAAAAAGGUCAUAAGAAAACCGGUUUCCACAAAGUGCAUCAUAAAGACGAAUACAAAAAAGACGAAGUGUUCUAUGACGAAGCUCACAACGGAGACGAGCACGAAGAACAUGCCCACGAACACGAGAAGCACCACAAAGAAAAAGGAGGUUCGGCCAAGAAGAAUCAUGUCGACUCUGGCUACCACGAAGGCCAUGGAGAAAAGAAAGGUAUUCAGAAUAAAGGCCAUCACUUUGAAGAAGCCUCAGGCCAUAAGAAAGAAGCAGGCCAAGAAGCCCAUCACGAUAAGAAAUCCGAAUAUGGUAAGAAAGGCAGCGUUAAAGAAGGUGAGAAACAUGGUCAUGUCGAAGGAGGUUCACAUGGCGGAGGAUAUGCUGAUCAUGGAUACUUCUAAGCUCCAUCGCAUCAAAAUAACUUCUUUAUCUAGUCACACUUUAUACAGUAAAGUGUUUUUUACCUCUUGUAUUAUUUUCGUCUUCUCAUCUCUGUAUAACUUGUAGGUACUUACCUACCUAUCUUCCUACCUGUGUAAGUUUUUCCAGGUGAGAGGAGUUUUCUUGCCCCCUCCCCCUCUACCCAAAUCCACUCUUGGAUUAUGGAAUAUUGUAAUUCGAGCUGCUGUAAUACGUAUACGAGUAAAAACAGUAGUUGUAUAUUUAACCAGUUACCAGGUUUAGUAUUUUUAUUCUCACAGAGGGAGGUUGUUAUAAACGAUAAUUCUAUUGUCAAGGUGUCUCGGUAUACUUAUUAGUAAUGCUGGAAUCGGUCAUAAAAUUUGAAUUCACUUUUUUUUACGUACCUACCUAUCUCACAACAGAAGCGUCACAAAUAUGACGAUAAUCAAAAGAGUGGUAUACUGGAAUUUUUCAACUUGUCGUAUGAGUACUCGUAGGUAAAAGGUUGACUUUUUAUGUGAAUAUUAUUUCUCGACCACAUAAAUUCGAUCGAUUAAAAUAAUUUCACAUCGUUUCAAGGAAAAGAAAAACUAGCUAGGGGUUUAAAAUAUUAGGUAAUAAUGGUGCGAGGUAGUUGUUUUUUUUACGAUGCCAAGUUUUGCUGGUAACUAGUUUUCUAUUAGCUUAACCCCGUUAGCCUAACUAAAGAGAAGUGUAAUUUACGAUCUGUGCUUCUUCUCUUUUUUCUUUCUCAUUUACAAUUGUUACAUUGAAACAUAUUCGUUAAUACGCUUUUGUCAACUUAUUCGAGUUUUAACCCAUCCAAACACUUCAGUUGGAUAUUUUACUUCGUGUAAGUUUCAUUCAGAAUGGAAAGUGUAGUUUUUUGAAACGAAUUUAACAGUUUUGAUAUUAAUAUUGUAAGGGAGAAAUUUGAUCUAGGGGUUAUCUAGAGUUGUAAAAUCGUUUCGAAGAGUGAUUAUUGGUAUCAAAUUUUAUGAUUUUUGAUUAAAUUUUACGAUUGGGUUCGAACUUAGAGUGAAGAAAUGAAAACAAUUUCGAAGUGUUCGUGUGAAAAGAGUUUCUAGAUCAAGUUGAGGUUAUAAAAUCUUCACUUGGAGCAAUUAUUUCUACAGCAGACUCCUUCGGUUCCCCUCCCCCUUGAAUGAGCUCGAAUAAUUGAGUGGGCCACUGAAAGGGAGUGAAAAAUAAGUACCUUUCAUGAGCUGAGAGAAGUUCCAACUUUCUUUUACUGUGGCUCUUCUCGAAGUGGAUUUACCCAUACGUAAGAUUAAUUACUUAAUUUUAUUAUAUUGUUUAAGAUGAUUUUUCGUUUUACCUAUUCAUUUUAUGUCGUCUGUUGUGUUUACAUGU